AUGCCGCCUCGGCGCGCCAAGAUCCCGCGGAAAGCGAAAGGCAAGAAGAAGCCACCGCAGAAGCCAGUUCGCCGGAGCUCCACAAGGAGUUCCAGCUAUACUGGCAGUAGUUAUGGGAGCGAAGGCAGCUCGUCUCCAGAGAACUCGGACGAGGACGACCCGAAGGAGUACAAAAGGGGAGGCUAUCACCCAGUCAUGCCUUACCAGCUCUACAACGCGCGGUAUCGCGUGCUGUCCAAGCUGGGCGCUGGCGCAUUUUCCACCGUUUGGCUCUGUGCGGACGAGAAGGAUUCCGAGGGCCGGCUCCUGGCCAUGAAGGUGUGCAAGUCGAAAAAGAGUGUCACCGAGCAGGCGCAGGAUGAGGUGAUGCUUCUCGAGCGGCUGCACGAGAACGCCUCGCUGCAUGUGGUCAAGAUGCUUGAUCACUUCUGGCACACGGGCACGAACGGCCGGCACAAAUGCAUGACAUUUGAGGUGAUGGGCGAGAACUUGUUAGCUCUGGUCCGAUACCACGACUACCAGGGCCUUCCGAGAGACUUGUGUCGUCGCCUUUCGAGGCACACGCUGAAGGGCUUGCAGCACAUCCACGCAUGUGGUGUCAUCCACACGGAUGUAAAGUUGGAGAAUGUUCUCAUCUGCCGGCACGAUAUGGCAGUGCUGUGUGACGAGGCGUCCAGAGCUCAUCGAGCUUUCCAGGAACAGAAGUCUGGCCUGGAGAUUCUCUCGAAGAGCCAGAAGAAGCGAAUGAAAAAGAAGAUGAAAGCCAAGGAUGCUUCGAAUGUGGCCAACGCAGACUCGAAGAAGGAGCCACUGGAGGAGCCGCAAGCGCCGGAACCUACAGCAGAGGUGGUGCAGGUGAACGGUGUGAACGGUGUGAACGUUGUGAAUGGCGUGAACGGCAAGGGGAAGGGCCAAGGCUAUCCGCACUUGGAAGGUCCAAGCUGUCCAACGGGAAGCCCCGUGGACGCGGCGAGCCGGAAGGAGGCGGAGAAGGAGGGGGAGAAGGAGGCGGAGAAGGAGGCGGAGGGCCCGGAGGGCGAAGCGAAGGAGCAGGAGGCUCAAGACAAGGAGGAGGCCCAGGAGGAGCCCCAGGAGCCCCAGGCGCCUCUCGGGCAGCCCGUGCCGCCGAUCAGACAACGCGAUCGCUUCGAGACCCUGCGACUCGAAGAGGCAUCACUUGAAUCCUCUCAAGUCGAGCUCCAAGACCCACUUCAAUCUUUUCCGGGGGCGUCGAAAGGGGAUGUCACACGGGAUGUCACGGGACCUAAUGCUUUUGCGGCUUGUGUGGCUUCCAUCACGUUUUUGAGCCCGAAAGCGAGCAGCAGAGAGCGCUACUGCUGCCAGACCUUCGCGAAGUUAGCAGACUUUGGGAAUGGCAUCAAGGCCGCACAGGAUGCAUCCAACAUGCACUUGGAGUUGGCCUGCGCUUGCCUUUUAGCUCAGAGAUUGUUGGAUGCUUCCGCCGGCUGUCUCCUGCUGUAA